UACGCAAUGUGACAAGUCAGUUGUAAACUGAGUUUGGAUUGCAAAAUAUUUUCUUAACCAUAACAAAUUGUUUUUAACUGUGUUAUGCUUUAAAUAUUAGUUGUCUAAUUAGAAAUUGCACAAAACUGUGAAGCAAGCAAAGCCAUUGAAAAAUGGUGUACAUAGAUCGAGAUGGCAGCGUUUUGCAACGCCGACCUUGGAGCGUGUCUCGCGUAUUGGAGAUUUUCACAGGCCUUUGGUUCAUAUCGAUUACAUUUUUCAGAGGACUACUAUCGCCAUUUAUGAAGGAUGAGCAUAGCAGCAGUGGUGGUAAAAGCCGCAUAGGCGGUUGGGGCGGUGGCUAUGGUGGCGGCGGUGGAGGAGGUGGAGGCGGUGGCGGCGGUUCUGGUGGUGGAGGUGGUGGCGGCAGCGGUGGUGGUGGUAGCUUUGGACCAAACCGUCGCAUUGGACGCAUAAAUAACACCUCAAUGGAUGCACCAAGUUGUGGCAGUUGUUGUGGAUAAAUGGCAGUUAUGCCUACUAAUGACUCCUAAGACAGGACAAAAAGUGAACGAGUACUGCCUUAUAGCAUUUUGAGAUACAUUAAAAUGAAUCAGCUAUAUAUAAUAUAUACAUAAACGCAAUACCACGCUAUCAGUCUGCUUAACGAGGUUAUCAAGUACCUCCGGGUCAUUAGAGUUUACAUAAUUUUUUAAGUUUGAAUUAUUUCUUGUGAAGUGAAAGACUUUUGAACUGUCUAAAAUCAAAUCGUGAAUGCAUAAAAUGCAAAAAAAAAAUAUAUAUAUACAUAUAUAUAUUAUGUUUUAGUCUCUAUAAAUGCGAAUAGAAUUCUGUAUUGAUAUUCAGACUAUUUUAUAUAUUUUUUGUAAUAUAAAAUCUUUUUGGUGUUGCACUUAAAAUUUUGUAAAUCUCACACAAACAUAAAAAUCAAUAAGCCCUGCACUAACCUUCUCGGCUUGGAAAUAAUAAAAAUGAUGACUUUUAUAAAA